UUUUACCGAUUUCCAGACGCCAUAAGGGUAGAGAGAAAGUUGUAUGACGAAUUGCUCUCUCCAAAGCGAUAUAACAAGUUGAUUCGACCGAGGGCUUCAGGAGAUGGGCCAACAAUAGUCUAUCUCGGUCUAAGACCUUCCCAGUUCAUCGAUGUGGAUGAACAAAAAGAAGUGAUGCGAACUCUGGUAUGGCUAGAACAGGAAUGGCAAGAGCCUCUCUUGUCAUGGGACCCCCAAAAAUAUGAAAAUAUUCAAUCCAUUCAUAUUCCCGCUGAAGAAUUGUGGAGGCCCGAUAUUGUCCUUUAUAACAAUGUGAAUGGCAAAUACGAGAUAACAACGAUGACCCGAGCUGAGGUUUUCUCCAAUGGAACUGUGCGGUGGAUGCCACCAGCUCUAUAUUUGAGUGCCUGCAGAAUUGAUAUGGAAUACUUUCCGCACGAUGAGCAAACUUGCUCCAUGAGAUUUGGCUCCUGGACGUACGAUGGAAGUAAAGUUGAACUUCGCCAUCACCUUCAAAAAUUUGCUCCCGAGCUCCAUCGACCAAUAUACAUAGACUACGCCGCAGACCUCCAUGAUUUUGAAAGCACCGUUGAGUACGACAUUACUUCCCUCUCUGCAAUUUGUGCAAAUAACUUCUACCAGCAUUCAAUUCAUCCCUAUCCAGAAAUUACCUUCAGACUGCGAAUGCGUCGACGUUACACCUUUUACGCCUUCAAUUUCCUCUUUCCCUGUGUUGGAGUUGCUAUUCUCGCCGUGAUGACUUUCAUUCUACCCCCUGAUUGUCGAGAGAAGAUCUCGCUGACAAUAAACGCCCUCCUAGCACUGACACUUUUCUUUCUACUUCUAAUUUCCGGAACUGCGCCGGCAACUAGUCUUGCUGUACCGUUGAUGGGAAAGUACCUGCUAUUUACGAUUGUGCUAAUUACUUCAUCGAUUUUUUGGACAGUGGUUGUGCUGAAUGUUCAUUUCAGAUCGGUGGAGACACAUUCUACUCCGAAUUGGUGGCUUAGACGAAUAUUUCUGGAAAUAAUUCCUCCAUUUUUGGGUUUAAGACCCCCAAAUCAGAGUGGCGGAAAUCCUUGCAAGAUGAAGUCGUCAAACGAUCAGUUAGAACUCGAUACAAUCAAGAAUGAAUGGGCAGUGGAUAGAAAUGGCCUGACAAAAUGCAAGUCAAAAGGAUUCCCAUCGCGUACCCAAGAGACGGAGUACAACCCGUUGGCUUGUCAGAUUACUCGCCAACUUAUUGAACAAUGCAGCGAUGAGACCCAACUUCGGAUGAGAUAUAAACUACAUCAAGUGGCAGAGGGAUCACAAUUCAUUGAACACCAACUCAAGAGCAUUGAAAGAGAAUGCAACGUUGCUCUAGGCAACAUGGUUUACUUGAGAUUCCUUGUUGCCAUCCUUAUGUGUGGAUUGCAAGGUACUUUUAGCUAUAAGGAGGCUAGCCGUCUAUACGAUGUUCUCAUAAAUCAACAAGGCUAUAAUAAGAUUCUUAGACCAGUUGCUAAUGCCAAUGAUACUCUCACCGUUUUCUUCGGAUUGGGACUUCUGCAGUUAAUGGACUUAGAUGAAGUCAAUCAAAUUCUUACUACUAACGUCUGGGUUGAAUUGGAGUGGACAGAUUCUAAGUUGGUUUGGGAACCUAAAGAUUUUGGAGGAGUUACAGCCCUAUUUAUUCCUUCAGAACUUUUAUGGUUGCCUGAUCUACUGUUGUAUAAUAACGCCGAUGGCAAUUAUGUGAUCGAUAUAAUGACAAAAGCAAUUGUCUACUAUAAUGGUACAAUUAGAUGGACACCUCCGGCCAUAUUUAAGAGCUCUUGUCCAAUCAAUGUUCAGUAUUUUCCCUAUGAUAUUCAGGAGUGUUUCAUGAAAUUCGGAUCUUGGACAUAUAAUGGCAAUCAAGUUAGUCUGAAGCAUAUAACACAGAAGCGUAUUCCAGAACACGAGGGCAAUGUCCACAUUGAUCAUGCCGUAAAUUUAAAGGACUUUUAUCCCUCAGUUGAGUUUGAGCUUCUUGAAGUCUCUGCAAUACGUCGUGCUGAAUAUUACACUUGUUGUGCAGACCCCUUUAUUGAUGUUACCUUCAAAUUGGCCCUCCGAAGAAAAACUCUCUUCUAUACCAUAAAUUUAAUCAUACCCUGCGUUGGCAUUGCCUUUUUAACAAUUCUGGUCUUCUAUCUGCCAUCGCAGAGUGGAGGGAAGAUUGCCCUGUCGAUUAAUGUCCUACUCGGUCUAACGGUUUUUCUGCUCCUACUGGCUGAAUCGAUUCCCCCAACGGGUUUAGCUAUGCCGCUGAUUGGAAAGUAUCUUUUAUUUACGAUGGGACUCGUUUCACUGUCUAUUCUGAAAACGAUAUUUGUGCUUAAUUUGCACCAUAGAACUCCGAAUAAACCAGCCCCUAACUUUGGUAAUGGACGAAUUGGGAGGAAAUUACUGAAGCUAAUUGGAUUGGAACCACCAAGUAAAUCCACGGCUAAAGAGGAUAAGAGCCAAUUGUGGCCAAUGUCAUUAGGUAAGAAAGGAGAAAUCGAUAGAUCGAUGGAUGCAUCGUCAGCGGAACAACGUCUCCUGAAGUUUAUUCAUAAUCUGCGAACCUUAGCUGAACAUUUCUCAAAGUAUGAGGAGAGAAAAAGGUAUGAGGAAGAUUGGUUGCGUUUGGCUAUGAUAUCGGAUCGCAUCUGUUUAUGUUUCUUCAUGGCGGCUUGCUUAACAGGUAAGACGAUGGGCGACCUUCAAAUCACUCACUGGGACGAAAAGAAGGAUGGCGUUUUCUCUUCGAAUAAAAUGAAAGCUAUGUUGGAGAAAGAGGGUUUCACAGUUAUCCCCUACACCUUCUCUCCAGGCACAGAUUUUCCUAACCACACCCAUAACGUGGAUAAGAAAGAUGCUAUAACUGCUGGCAAAUUCUCCUUCACCAUGCAUGGGAAGACAGUUGUUCUUUCAGCUGGAGAUACCAUUUUUGUCCCCAAGAACACUGUCCACGCUGCUCAUGUGGUUGGAGAUGAAGAUCCUAUUGAUUUUGACUAUUUAGAAUUCAGUAUGGGUGAAUUCGUUGUCGAUCACUGGAAUGAGGCUACAGAUGGUAUUCUUAACCGCGAAAAUAUGAAGAAAAAACUGGAGAAGCAGGGCUAUUCCGCCUACCCAUACACUUUCAAUGCUGGCAUGACAUUCGGCACCCACACUCAUGAUGUAGAUAAAAAGGAUGUUGUUGUCGAUGGAAGACUUGAAUUUCAUAUGUACGGGAAGUCAAUCAUCUUAGAACCUGGUGACACAUUGGAGGUCCCCAAAGGAGUUCCACACUCAGCUAAGGUUAUUGGGACCAAAAAUCUCGAAUUUUUCGAUGCUACAAAACUGUGA